UACUGUCAUGGCGCCGCGCACCACCGCCAGGGAAGCGGCCGGAAGGCCUUGAUGCUUCGCGAAUCACUGUCACGUUGCGCGACUCGUUCCUUCUCUCCGUUAUUCUUCCCUUCGCUUAUUUUAUUCUUCUCUAUCUUGUGCACCCGCCAAACGUCAUCUACUGACCAUCCGAGCUGACGGGCACUCCAUUUCAUUCGGAAUAAAGGGCCCUUCUUUUUCUCUCAUGAUAUUUUUUGCCUCGUUAAUCGCGACAUGCGUGUUGCUUCCAGUGUCAAAGUGAAUAAAAAUCAUUGAGUGAGUUCUUACAGCGACUAAUACUUUUGCGAAAUACCUCGGUGCAGUGGCCGCUGGCGCGGUUGUGCAGUUGGACAGUCGAAGGUGCGAAACGAAGUGCGUUCGACACCCGGAGAAGCUCCUCGUACGUGUGACUUUAUUUUCAGUCCAGACGAGCAGAUAUAUAUUCGAGCUCAACACAACGAUCAACAAAAAUGGUACAUGAUCAUCCAGCUAUCGAUGGGACUAGCAAUUCGGGCAGCUGAUCCGUGCCGCAUACGCCCUAACCUUCUUCGUAAUUCGUUCGACGAGGAACAUUCCGGAACGUUCGCGAUUCCCUCGCUCUGAGACGGUUCAUCGGACCUGUCAACGUUUUUAUCUCAACACGCUGUAUUAACCUUCGAAUCAAAGCGUCUCUCCCGUGUGGAGGCUCCGUCGUGACAGUUGCCGGUCGAUCGAAUAAUACUCUCGAGCCCGUCACAUAAUUUUAUCGAAUUGAAUCACCGUGACGUCGACAUCGAGUUGAUGAACUCCGGCUUCGAUCGCUUCACGAGCGGGUAGCGUGGUACGAAACGCUAUUGUUGGCUCAAACUCUUUUUGCCAACCGCGACCUAAGCUAAAAUAUAACCAAAGUCCAUCGAUGUCGAAUAAUCGAUCAAACCGUAUCAAGUGAUUCCAGAAUAUUUCAACUCCGACUACCGAAUCGAAACGGGAGUAACACUCAAGAACACCCAUUUGGGAGGUCGCCCGAGGUCGAGCCAUCGGAUAAGGAAAUAUUGAGACCAGUGGAUACAGGAAAUUAGUGAAAAUAGGUAUCCGAGCUGCCCGGGGAAGGCUCAAGGGUCGAGGAAUUCAACGUACGGUGCAAAAGAGAGUAACAAUGUCCUAGCGAAGGCAGACGUUCCCCUUGUCCAGGCAUUCCCCUUGUCCUCUGAUCCAUCUAACCUCACAACCCCAACGAAUCCCAAUAUCCUCGUCCCCUUUCGACAUACGCUUUUGGUAUCCCCGGAUAACGAGUAAAUGCCGUCUUACUCCGCUCAAUUGAUAUCGCAUUGAUCGUUCCAUCGCUUCGUGAAUCAGAGUGAAGAAAAGGAAAAAUGGUGUUGUCGUUGACGAGUGUGAAACGCGCUGAAAUCACUCGAAAUUCAAGCGCUUGAGUUACGACAUCGUUCCGGUUGAAAUCCAAGUUCAGUCUCCUGGUUUUCAUCUACAACGCUGCAAAAAACCACACCCUGCGAGUAAACCGACUUUUUAUUGCCUCGCGAAGGGAGGCAACCUUGGGAAGUCACGAGAUAUUUGCGCCCGUAGAGCCAGGCCAUUUAUACGUGGUACUCUCGAAGAACCGUCCGAGCGUCCGACGGCUCGAGAAUCACCCGGGGAAACGCGAAAGUAACGAACCUUCGGUGAAAAUCAACGUCAGAGGCAGACGAGCCGGACAGCGGUUCUGGCGGCGGAGCGGCAGGGGUACUAUGGGAGCGGCGGUAUGGGGGGUGGAGGAAGGCUACGAGCCACGGACCUCCGGCGGCGAACCCCGUUCCCUUGUAACGAUGAUGAUCCACGAACGCGUACUCGUCGAACGUCCGAUGAUAAUUAUAUAAUUUGUCGGAAUGAUUACAAGGAGGCUUGCGUCUCUAGCGAUCAUGUUGCCAGUCGAUUGGAACCUGAGCGGGGAUUCACUUCGGGUCAACCGACCUGCGUCGGAAAUAUCGCGAGUGCAAAACGUAGUCGGAGGAACGAUGAGGACAUACGCGAAAAAGGAUUUAGCGAGGGAAGCCUGAGGCGGAGCAAGAGGGAACAUUGGCGCGAUGGUGAUGGCGGCGGUGGCGACAACGACGACGACGACGAGUCGGCAACAGUCGGGAAAACAACGGAAAAUUUUUAUAGACGAGUAGUACAAGUGGGAAAUGAAGACCAUCGGCCGGACGACGAGGAGAACGAAAGGAGGCGCAGAUUCCGGUGGUACUGGAAAAGUCUUGAGCGAAUUGUCAAUAUGCUGGCCUCCAGGACUUUGCUGCUCGGGAUCGUUCUUCUCGUCACACCAGGUCUCUGUCAUCAGGACGCGGUGCAUAUAACAGCGAUCUUGGGGGAGAGCGUGGUCUUCAAUUGUCACGUUGAGUUUCCCGGUGAGCACCCAGUGCCCUACGUUCUCCAAUGGGAGAAGAAGGUAGGCGAGAUGGGUAAAGAGACACCGAUUUAUAUUUGGUACGAGUCUUAUCCGACCCACAGCGGCGAAGGCUACGAGGGACGUGUCUCGAGAGUCAGCCCUAAUUCUCCCUACGGCAUUGCCAGUCUCAAUCUUACCGACAUCAGAGAAAGCGAUCAGGGAUGGUACGAAUGCAAGGUCGUUUUUCUAAACAGAUCGCCCAACAACAAUAAAAAUGGUACCUGGUUCCAUCUCGACGUCCAUGCACCACCGAAAUUUAGUAUAACCCCCGAGGACAUGAUCUACGUAAAUCUGGGCGAUUCGAUAAUCCUCAACUGCCAGGCGGAGGGUACACCGACGCCCGAAAUAGUUUGGUACAAGGAUGCCAAUCCGGUAGCCACAUCGAACACAAUUGGCAUCUUCAACGAGGGUACAGAACUGAGAAUCGCGACUAUAAAGAACGAGGACAUUGGCGAUUACACGUGCAUCGCUAGAAACGGCGAGGGCCAAAUUAGUCAUUCCGCCCGGGUCAUCAUAGCGGGUGGUGCGGUAAUAAUGGUCCCGCCGUCGAAUCAAUCGAAGCUGGAGGGCGAGAAAGUGCAAUUCUCCUGCGAGGCGAAAGCCUUACCCGGGAACGUAACGGUUCGUUGGUUCAGGGAGGGUGCACCAGUGACAGAGGUGUCAGCCUUGGACACGAGAGUAUCGAUCAGAAUGGACGGCAGCCUCGUUAUCAACCCGGUCAGCGCCGAUGAUUCUGGACAAUACCUUUGCCAGGUGACCAAUGGGAUUGGGGAACCACAGAGCGCAACUGCCUAUUUAAACGUCGAAUAUCCGGCGAAAGUUACGUUCACGCCUACGGUCCAGUAUCUACCGUUCCGUUUAGCCGGGGUUGUGCAGUGUUACAUCAAGGCAAAUCCACCGUUACAAUACGUUACGUGGACCAAGGACAAGAGGCUAUUGGAGCCUUAUCAGACGAAGGAUAUCGUCGUAAUGAAUAACGGUUCCCUUCUCUUUACUCGUGUCAAUGAAAAUCACGAGGGUAAAUACACGUGCACGCCUUACAACGCUCAAGGUACCCAAGGUGGCUCGGGGCCCAUGGACGUUCUCGUCAGAAAUCCGCCGGUAUUUACUAUCGAGCCUGAACAAGUGUAUCAGAGAAAAGUCGGCGAGACUGUCGAAAUGGUCUGCGACGCUCAGGAGGCCGAGGGUACUCCCAAACCUACCAUACAAUGGAUGAGAAGAGACGGUGCGCCUUUCCAACGGAAUCGUGUGAAAAUAGUCGGUGGUAAUCUUACGAUAGAGGGCUUGAGGAGUUCCGAUUUCGGUUUUUAUCAAUGCGUCGCGUCGAACGAAGUUGCGACUAUCGAAUCGGCAACGCAAUUGAUAAUCGAAGGUACGCAGCCUCACGCCCCUCACAACGUUACCGGUACCGCCACCGAAUUUUCGGUUACGCUCACCUGGCUCCCUGGUUAUUCAGGCGGCCCUGAUUACAAGCAGGACUAUACUAUUUGGUACAGGGAAGCUGGUACAUCGGAAUGGACGACAAUACCGGUGACUCCGUCGGGGAGUACCGAUGUGACGAUUAAUAGACUGGCACCCGGUACUGUCUACGAAUUUCAAGUCAUCGGUAAAAAUGCCCUCGGUGAUGGAAUGCUGAGUAAAGUCAUUACGAUUAGAACACUCGAUGUCGGGCUGGCACGACCUGCAACACCGUCGUCUAGCGCAGGCGGUCAGCCCGCAGCAUCGGAUCAGAGCGACCAUACGUCUGCAGUUUUUUCGACCGAUUCUACCGGAGGUCUUAUUUAUCCGCCGAGUGUAUGGUCCGAAGGACCUAAACCAGGACCACCGAGAAACGUAACAGUUACGGAGAUCAGCAAUGGUUUUCUUGUUACGUGGCAGCAACCACUCGAGAGGAGUCAUCUCGUGCAGUAUUACGCGAUCAAGUACAAGACCGAUGGACCUUGGAAAAUGGUGAACAAAGGACAGAUUCGACCGGAGGAGACCAGCUAUCUUGUGAAGAAUUUGGUGGGUGGCCGAACUUACCACUUUCAAGUAUUCGCCUACUCGGCCACGAAUUACGGAGUUAGCGAAGAGGUCAAGUUUCCGGUACCAGCGCGAGUUAAACACAAAGCCAUCACUGCCGGUGUCGUCGGAGGGAUUCUCUUUUUCAUCGUCGCCAUUAUCCUCAGCGUAUGCGCCGUUAAAAUAUGUAACAAGCGGAAGCGACGAAAACAAGAGAAAGAACUGAUUUCAGCGUAUAACAUGGUGACAUGCAGGGUCACCGACGCGAGAAACGGCGCAGGCCAGGGAGGGGCCCAAGGAACAGUGCCUUUAAAAAAACCUAGAAAAAGCAGAGUACCAGGUCUGAGUCUACUGCGCGAGAUACUUAGCCCGGACAGCCCGGAUUCAUCGCGCGGCCGUCCGUUGGGUAAGAUCUCCCGAGCGGCCGAUGGACGUUUCGUCAUUGCUGAUUCAUUGAUGAGUUCGGCGAACAACAGUAUCCUGGACGCCUCGAGCAGCGACGACGGAGGCUUUUUGCCAAAGCAUUCGCGUCUGAAAGCAUCGUGGAGACGUCCGUUGGUCGGUAGAAGUCACCUGAGUUUAAGAUCGGAAGGCAGCGGAGUCUCGAUCGGGAUGUCGCAACCUCCGGUCUCCGCGGCUAAUCUACUCUCCGUUCUCGGUGGGGAUCCGGCGGGCAAUCAGCCGGCGAACAUCUGCACGAUCGCGUCGUCGAGAUUUCUCGCGAGUUCCCCGAGUUGCGGAGCCCACCAGGUACCGUGGACGCCGGUUUACUUCAGUGAUCUUAGCUCGGUGCGCCAGCCAUCUUCGGUCGAACGGUCCUUCCCAACGCCUCCGGGUUAUCUCCAAUUGGUUCAUCAACGCUACAGCCAAGAAUUGCCCUCGUUGAAGGCGAUCCACGCCGAAUCCCGGAGAUUCGUACCGGUUCAACCGCUCGCAACUUCGUCCCCGCCUCAACCUGCCGGUCGACCGAGGGCGAGACUUCCUCCGCGACACGCGAGACACGCGAGGUCCGCUCCUGAAUUGGCUGCCUCCCCCGAUCUCGAAACAUCACCGGAGAGCCGUUCCAGUAGUUCCGGCUUUGGAAGUAAAAAUACCUCUCAGCAGAAUCAGAGCUCCAGGAGCGGUAGCACCGUGGCCGAGUGGAGGCCGCCUCCUUACCGACCACCCCCGCCUCCCCUCGUUGGUCGAUGGUUGGAGCUCCACGAAUCGUCUCCGGUUAAACUUUCUCACGCCAUUAACGACGGCAACUGCAUCAGCGGCGCGACCCCCGCCACUAUCGCCAACACCAAUGACAACAACAACAACAACGACAACAGCAACGUCAAUCCGAACAAUAACAUUGCUGUGGACGCCGGUAGCGUUGACGGUCACUACGAAUUCGAUCCCGUAUCCUGCACCCCGACCCCAACGUCCGCGUCAACGCCGACCCGGGAAGAACGACCACCGGUUCUCCAUCAAAUCGAUAUCGUUAAUUCUCACAUACCUCAGAUUCAUCAGGUCCACACGAUUCAACAUCAUCAUCACCACCACCAUCAUCAUCAAGCAUCCUCCCGCUAUACGAGGGAUAACAUCGAGGCCAGGGUUCAAGCUAUGAAAGCGGAGUUUCAUCAAUUUCGUCAGCGACAAGCGAGAAGACGACAAAGCGCGCACCUCGAAAGCGCCUGCUGAUUCGACCACUCGACCGUUAAUUACGGAGCUUCGCUUAUAUUUAUCGAGUUUCUAUCGAGCGUUGUAUUAUUUCUCGGAACAUCGAUGCCACACGAGUGUGACCAAGUUCGUUAUAGAUUGUCACCGAAAUCGAGCCUGAAACGAUCGUCCAAAGCGAUGCAUCAUCACCAAAAUAAGCUUCUCUCAAUCACGAGUCAUUGUUCUUGACAUUUUUUCAAUUACUUUAAAACAUCUGGAUUCGUUAUUCGUAUGAAAGAAUUCCACUUUGUAAAACGGCGUUACCUCGAUCCACGUGACUGAACCUGAAUGAGCCUAACAUGUUGAACGCGUCAUCGAAACGAAAAGAAAUUUUAUACACCGACAUUGGUUCACGAACAAUUCUUUUUCUCAUUUCGACUCUUCGAAGCUUACGCGCGAUCAUCGAUAAAAAUGGGUACUCCAAUCCUCUCGGUUGAUAAUGUAGAAAUGGGGGAAGAUUCAAAUAAUUAAUUGAUCGAUUCGCGCCUCGCGCGAAUAAGCCGAUGAGUGGAGGCAUACAACAAAAAUCCUCAUAAUCCCUCCCUUUUCCUCCCGAGAGAUGUAUAUAUCUUGAGACCAAGUCUUCUGUUGGACGUUUAUCAUGAAGAAAAAGAACUGACAAUGAGAACGAAAUCUCGCAAUUUUCCCGAUUCGACAAAGCUACUCCAAAGAAAAAAACUAAACGAGAACAAAGUUGAGGAGAAAAAGUAGGGCAGUAGUACCAGGGGGGAUUCGGUGCUGAAUAUUUGUUCAUUUGCACCCGGAAUGAAAGGAAUAAAAACUAAGAAACCGGCACCAACGACGAUAACAACAACAAUAACAGUAACUUAAACUUAAUCACACAUAAUAUGUAGGCAUGUAUGUAUAUACAUAUACGUAUAUGUGUGUAUAUAUAUACAUAUAAUAUGCAAAUACACGAUAUAUAUUGUAAGUAAUAAAAUGAAAUAAUAAUGCAAACAAAAUAAUUAAAUGAUGAGCAAUGGACUCGAAACGUGAUAUUAGGCCGAAGCUUGCCUCGAGAUUGCUUAAGGACUCACUCUUACUGCACUGCCUGUUUAGGGUUUCGCUAGCGACCCAACAUAUUAUCGGCACAAUAAUUUUUCUUAAGUAAUCUUAAUUGAAAAAAAAAAAACGAAAAAAAAAAACAAAAUAAAAUAGCGAUGUGAAAGCAGCGCCUCAUCAAAGAGAGAAAGAGAGAGAGAGAGAGAGAGAGAGAGAGAGAAAGAGUGAGUGAAAGCGUAAGAGAGAAAGCGAGUGAACGAACGAGAUAAUAAAAAUAAUAUUAAUAUUGAUAUUCAUAGCGAUAAUGAUAGUAAUUACGAUAAAAAUUAUUAUUAUUAUUACUAAAUGAUGAUGAUGAUGAUGAUAAUAAUAAUAAUGAUAAGCGAAUAACAAUAGGGAAUAACGUUAUUGAAAUUGGGAGCUCGCGAGCUGAUCGGUUUCGAUAUUCUUCGGCGUUGCAUAUCGCGUCUGUGACCCAUCGAGCGACCAAAAACACAAAAUUCAAUGCCGCAAGGUUUUUUUAUCAUUAGAUUUUACAUACAAAAACAUUGGUCAAUAUCCUUUUCAUACAGAAAAGGUAUAAAUCAAAUGGCGAUAAUCAUUUCGAUUGUUGAAUUUGAGAAGGAAACAUUUCUCUUGGUCCGGUGAGUGGUUAAAAUUUAAAAUUAUGAUGACGGGCAUUUUUAUAAGUACAAAGGAAGAAGGAAAAAUGUGCCAUUUGAAAUUGAGAUUGAAAGGAGGGUAGGUGGAUGGCAGGCAGGACGUGAUAACGAUUCGACGAGUGGAGACGUAAAAUGGUUCCCAGUUCUCGUUUUGAAAUCGAUUCGGGAUUGGGAUAUUACGGGAAACUAUUUUACGUUCCAUGAUGUAUAUCUACCGACCAAUGAAAAUAAAGAAUGUUUCAGUGACGGUAACCGGGGGGCUCGCAGUUGUGGUACUUGAAAAAAAAACGGCUCUGAUUUAAGGCCGAAUAAAUUCCUUGAUGGAAACAAUAGGAUCAAUCGUACCGCCAGUUUAUCGGGAACCCGCAUGCAACGCGUUCGGGCUAAUCGGGAUUUCCCCGCAAGUCGUUCGUCUCGAAAUAAACGUAGUUUGGGAUCAAUUAAAACAAAACAAAAAACUACAAAAUAUAGAAUUACAAGUUUGAGCGCAUGAAAAGUCAUAAAAAAAAAAAAAUAAAAAAAAAACAAAUACCUGUCGACGAAUUAAGAAAACGUUCUACCGAUUUCUCGCGGGCUCGUUAAUUUUGAGUGAAAAAAAAAAGAAAAAAAAAAACAAUGAAACCAAUUUGAACAGCAGUCAACACGCG